GCAUGAGCAGUGACGUCAAGGCUCCUAUAUAAAGGCCAGAAGCAGGGUUUGGGGUAUAGAUUUUCUUCUCUCACCAAUGGCCGUGCCCACUGCUCUUAGAUAAUACUGGAGUAACCUUAGUGGUUUUUAUUUAUUUUAUAACUGCUGUAAAACUAAGAAAACCUCAAAAUGUUUACAACAAGCACCGCUACCAACAAGACUGUGCUAGACAGGUACCUGAGGCUGCCCAUUCCUGACAACAAGUGUCAGGUGAUGUACGCCUGGAUAGACGGCUCUGGCGAGAACCUGCGCUCAAAAUCUAGGACAGUCAACUUCAUCCCAAAAAGUCCCUCAGAACUUCCUAUCUGGAAUUUCGAUGGCUCAUCAACUAAUCAGGCGGAGGGCAGCAACAGCGAUGUGUACCUGCAUCCCGUAGCACUAUACAGAGACCCCUUCAGGCUGGGCGACAACAAACUAGUUCUCUGCGAGACUUACAAACACAAUAAGAAGCCCACAGAAACCAAUCAUCGCCACAGAUGUCUUGAGGUGUGCACUAAGGCAGCAGACACUCAUCCAUGGUUCGGCAUGGAGCAAGAAUAUACUCUUUUAGACACCGAUAAUCACCCAUUGGGCUGGCCCAAGAAUGGCUUCCCAGGCCCUCAGGGUCCCUACUACUGUGGCGUGGGAGCCAACAAGGUCUACGGCAGAGAUGUGGUAGAGGCUCACUACAGGGCGUGUCUAUAUGCUGGUAUCAACAUCUCUGGAGAGAACGCAGAAGUAAUGCCAGCACAAUGGGAGUUCCAGGUGGGUCCCUGUGAAGGCAUCACUAUGGGUGACGACCUCUGGAUGGCCAGAUACCUCCUUCACCGCGUCGCUGAAGACUUCAAUGUUGUGGUGUCCCUGGACCCCAAGCCCAUCCCUGGCGACUGGAAUGGUGCUGGAAUGCACACUAAUUUCUCUACCAAGGGGAUGAGAGACCCCAAUGGUAUCUCUGAAAUCGAGAAAGCUAUUGACAAGCUCUCCAGACACCACAUUCGUCACAUCAAAGCUUAUGAUCCCAAAGAGGGCAAGGAUAACGAGAGGCGUCUAACUGGCCUACAUGAAACUUCCUCUAUUCACGAUUUCUCUGCAGGUGUAGCAAACAGGGGCUGCUCAAUCCGCAUCCCACGGGGUGUGGCAGAGGAGAAGCAGGGAUAUUUGGAAGAUCGUAGACCUUCUUCCAAUGCAGAUCCUUAUAUGGUUUCUGAGGUGCUGGUCCGCACCAUAUGUCUAGACGAGUAGGUAAAAAGAGGUACCAGAACAUAAUACUCUCAGGGGAGACAAGAUCUUGACAGUAAUCGUCCCUGCGUCUCCACCUAUCAAUAUUAGUGACAAGCAGCUCCUCGCAGCUGUAAGAUAGGGACCAACUCAAUUUCAUUUCCUAUAUCAAUUUCAUUUUCCAGGAAUUUUUUUUACCACAUUUAACAUUUACCUCAUUCACUUACUAAAUGCCAUUUACCAUCCAUUAACCUCUUACCAUCUUCAUUUAGUUUUUAACUGUCUACGUCAUCCUGUGUACGGUAUAAUUUGACCUAUGUCGAGUAAAAGUAUUAUUUUGUGAUAUACGUAUUUAUCAUCUUAUUGUCCAUAAUGUAAAUAAGAAAUUUUAAUGUACCGCAUAUGAUUUUAGAUUGUGUAGCUAGGUAAAAUUUUAAUAAUAUAAUUACAAAUAACCCAUUACAUACCUAUGUAUUA